CGUUAUGCGAGGUGAUUUAUAAUGGGUUUGUAUAGUGAUGCAAAAGAAAGGUGGAAGAAGUUCUAUCAAUCACCUUGUGGGAAAGGCUGUCUGAAACAUGGAGUCACGGGUGCAGCUGUUGUAGGGCUUGUUGCAUUUCUUGUACGUGGAACAACAAAAAGUGUUUUGUACACCAUUCCUGCAUUUGCUGUUGUUACAAAUACCUCACUUAUUUAUUGUGAAUAUCAAACACGGAAGGCUAACCAAAAACUGUUAUCUCAAGGGCGUUUCAUAGAAAGCUUGCCAAAAUAUGUAAGAAAAACAAAAAAGCAAAAUGCAGAGGAAAAUGAAAGUAAGGAAACGUGAAACAUGAACAACACAUAAAAGAUAAAAAGUGGACAAAAAUUCUAAACUGAAGGAUGUUUUUGAUUCCUUACAAGGGAUAAUAAUGGUGUGUAAGAACAGACAUUAACAUGACUUUUUAGAGAAGUACCUGGGGUAGCGCUAACACUCGCCAAUUUAGCCAAAUGCUAAAGCCAACUUACAUUGGCUAAAGAAAAAUGGCUUGAUUUGGCUUAUUUAAGUCAAAUUAUAACCAUUUGGAUAACAAAUUGACAAAAAAGUGGUGAUUUGGCUAAGCUAAAAAAAUUGCUAGCGCUACCCCAGAGUACGAUGUGCUGGACAGGAUUUCAUAGAAUGUGUGCUGCGUUAUUCCAAAGUUGUCUUUUGUAAUGGUCAUUAAAGUAAAUUUGCUAGGCUGAAAUACCACAAAUAUAUACUGUUAAUAUAUGAUAUAUGAUUUUAGUUAUCUUUUGGGGUUUAAUAUAGCAAAAAAGGUGGUUACAAUUUGACAGCUUAUAAAGACUUGGGAAUGUUUUCAAAUCUUUUUAAAUACAUUUUAAUAUUUUAAAUAAAAUUCCUGCCUAUUAUUGAAUACUUUGUUAAAAUAUCAAAGCUUAUGAAUACUUGAGAAUGCUUUCAAUUUUUUUUUUUUUUU